AUGACAACCUCGACCGGAUCUGACGCUGCGGCGACCUGGAGACUCGAGCGGCCCACGACGAUGGAUCCAGCCGUGCGGACUACUGUUCCCUCCUCGGAUGGUCUGGGUGGCGUCAAUUCUGUCAUUAAUCCAGACAUGCGCAGUCUGGUAAAUGAAGAGGACAUCAAAGAUGGCGGCAAGUAUCGAUCUGUCGUCAAGAUCCAAUCUCUGGCUCCAAACAAGUGGUCACCCAAAGAGGUCUGGGCUAUGGGCACCGGAUGGCUUAUACGUCCAGACCUAGUCGUCACCGCCGCGCACAUCGUGUAUCACGUUGGGCCCAGAUGGGUCGGUGCCACGACUCAGGUCAAGUGCUACAUUGGCUACAAUGGUCGAGACUCGAUGCAGUCUCAACAAGCUCAAGCUAGAUACGGCCAGUCUGUGGCGGUCCCGGCCGACUGGGUAAAUAAACGCAAUCAAGAUAGAGAGCAGAACCAGAACAUUGCCUUUAUCCAGCUCGACAAGCCAUUCGACGGCAACCUUCGCCUCUUUACCUUCUCGACCACAGCUGAGACUAGGAUGGGCAUACUGGGGGUAGUUGGGUAUCCUGGAGACCGCUAUCUUCGUCGUAGCAGUGGAGAUGACAUUGAAUUUGGCGCUCAGAUGUACGAGCGAUAUGUCUUGUCAAAUUAUAAUCUCACUCUCUCUCCAAACCACAUGAUCGAGUACGCUCUUUCUACCUAUCUAAGACAGUGCGGUGCCCCCAUCGUGCAAGAGGACAGAAACACGGUCAUUGGAACGCACUGCCAUGGCGGUGAGGGCUAUGGGAAUAACUCAGGCACUUCAAUCUGCGGCCCUUAUGGACAUGACUACCAAGCAUUUGCCAACAUAUUCGAUUACCAAAGGUCCAGCUUUGGGACAUCCGAUCAUAUCCAAUUCGUUGACAUCCACGGCAGAGACAGUCGAACAAUAAUGCCAGCCAUCUCUAGCAAUGGCCAGUUCUCCAGCCCCCAACACGGAGCUAUCCCGACAACACCAACCAUGCCAGCAACCUCUCCCGGAAACAGCUCCUCCGCUUCGCACAGCGCAGGUACCUCAAACUGGAAAGGGACGCCAGAAAUCGCCGAUGCCGGAGGCUUCUUCCAUGUCCUGCACAAUGUAGCGCAGGUGGACUCGGCCGUCGACGCAUCUCUGUCGUGUCUUCUCGCCGUCCUCCGCUUGGAACCAUCUCCGGAACGGGGCGAGGUCAUCCACAAGAUGCAGAUCAUCUGGUCAGCCAACGCCCCCAACCUCGAGGAACUCGCCAGCCGGCUUGCAUUGGCGCUUACACAGUGCGCUCUGGACAUUGCCGUACAUCGCCUGUCUAAGACAUCGGAUCCCCGCCGUAUGAGAGAGGGCUACGUCAGCUUUCUGCCCCAAAGACGUUACUUGGAUGUAGGGGGCGGCCUGCCCGCGGCUCCUCGGAAAAGAUGUCCCUUUGUUGAAAGCCUCCUCCAGCCUACCCUGGUCGUUGUUGGGGAGGAGGAACUCCUUGGGUGGCUCGAAUACGUCCUGGAGGUGGCUGUCUCGGAUGAGGCACCCCUGGUUUCUCAAGCUACGAGAUCCGCGCUUGCUAGCAUCGUCCCCAAGCGACUCGGGGACUCGGAAUUCAUUCCCACUCAGCCGCAUCGCGAUAAAGACGCAACGCUUAUCCUAUUCAAUCGUGCCAUGAUGGCAGACGUCGCCCUACAGGCACUAAUGGAUCUUCCCCGCCAAAGCCUAUCUCGGAUAGAUCUCAAAGGCCGAGAGGGCCAGAACAUGUUUGACUUCAUUAAGACGGUAUUGCAAAAAAUGGGUCCCUCUGUCUCGGCCUCCCUAAAGAAGUCAUUCCGGGAACUCGUACCGGUCCUCAUGGAAACCGCGAACAAUGAUGCGCCACGUCAGCCGACUGCUUGACCGUUAAUUGAGAAGAGCGGUGAUCAACGGAUGCUGUAGCCGAAAUUCGAAGUGGCUGAACUAGUUUUCUGUCAAAUAUGACACUGCGGUAUUGGUCCGGGGAUGUGUUGUUGGCUUGGCUCUCGCUCGCGAGGGAGGAUGCAUGCCGUUGAGUGCGUGGGCCAACAAGUCAUAGGACGACGAUGACCGACGGCUGGACGCCAUGCAGGAAGCUACCGGCUUGGCUUGUGACGAGUUAUCAAUUCUAUGAUAAGUGUGUUUGAGAAAUAUGAGGGUGUAGCGAGGAAAGUGCCGGCAGGACAGGGUUUUGUCGUCGGGAGACCGCGUCAAGCUAGAUGAUCCUUUUGUCUUUGGCUCGGUACCAUUUCUAUUGUCUCCAUUGUUGUCGCUCCAUGUCUG